GAUUGGUGAGAUGUUUGCUGUGGGAAUGUCAUAAUAAUAACUAGUAGUUAUUAUUAUGACAUUCUAAUACAGUUUUGGUACAAUUAGUACCAAAACUGGUAUUCAACUUCCCAAGCAGAAAAUGUAAUGUUGCCUCUUCAGCUGCCCACAAAAUCAGAUGAGUGUUUGAAUACUUAAUUCAUGCCUCUAGUAAAUAUGGAAAUUGCAACCGUAGGUGGAAAAUGUAACUUUUUAAGUAGCUUUCAUCUUUUUGAGCAGCAAAGCUGCUAUUACACUUUCCAACCACACUGGAUACACUCAUAAAGGUUUGGUUUAUUGUAUGACUAAGAGGAGGAGAAAGCAGACCUAGUGUUGCAGAGCCUUACCAAGCUUCUAAAUAUUGUGCAUUAAUCAGGCUGAAUUUAGUGACCCGUGGAAAAUCUCCUGCUGCCUUGAAUUGAUUUAAAAUGUCAGACAGCUCAUAGAAAGGAGGGUUAUGAACACUUUAGCCUGCCCUGAACUUCUGAUGAAGUAAUUACUUUGGUUUAUUAGGAUCUCUCUCUACUUCGUAUGCAACAAGGUUUUAGGAGUCAGAUGACCUAAACCACUUUAACAAGGCGGUAACAUAAAGGUGGAAGUGAUUCAUCUGCGCCGUUUGUGUACCACCUGCUCCCCAGUGUGGGUGUUGACAUGACAAUCUAUGCACCUGCUUUAAUAACAUUUAUAAACUCAGUAAAAUUGGUUAAUCAAGCCAAAGAGCUGGUAAAAACAUGACCGGUGGCUCUGGAAGACAGUGCGGUGUCUUCUUAUUGAGUCCAUAAUUCACCUGUGUGUCCCUGUUGAUUUAUGCCAGCGAGAGCGGAUGUGACUCUGCAUGUAGCUGACGACUGUCAGCAAACAAAAGUGUGUGCGCGUGUGCCGUGCCAGUCAGGUGGACCCAGCUGCAAGUAUAUAAAACAGCUGGGGCCACUGCGCAUUCAGAAGUCUUCACCAGAGGACCUGUGUGCAAAUCAGAACCACUUCCCACAACAGCAUCAGACAGUAAUGAAGUGCAGCCAUCUCUUCUCCUGGGCCUUUGUACUUGUGGCCUCUGCCACCCUGCUGGCCCACCCUAUCACAGAAUCGGCUGAGAUGCCCUAUCCAGGACCAGCGUCAGUGGAGGAUCGCAUUAUCGUAACGCUGGAUGACGAGUCUCUUCCUGAGCAAAUGUUUACUCCUCAGGACGGUGCAGCUCUCCGAUAUUCCACUUUUACAUCUGGGGAAGUUAACAGAGACGGUGUCAGGACGACAAAUCUGGUGCCAAGAGGAGUCAAGAGAGAGAUCUUAUUAGAGAAACAAAAUCUUCUGAAACCUUACAGCCGCUUGCUGGGCAUCCGUAAGCAGUUAAGGAAGAGAAAUGGAAAUUCCGAGUGUUUCUGGAAGUACUGCGUCUAAAAACCAAGCUAAUUGGAUAUCUGCCUUACAAGAAGCAGUGCUUAAUACUGAGGAAAACAUAUGCUUGAUACACUUUUCAAGGGCAGACAAAGCAAACAUCACACUCCAUGCAUGCAUACAUUACAUGUUUCCAAGGUUCAAACCUUUACUUUCAGUUGAUUUACUGUCAGAUUUACUUUUAAACUGUGGAAAGUCAUGUUAAGAUCUGUGUACGUAUUCAAAAUGAUUUGAGAUGUAAAAAUCAAAUGCUACAACGAAUAAAA